AUGGUAGAUUUCUUGAGAAAAAAGGAAGGAAAGAGAGUCCAAAUUCGUGAAGUUGUGCUUGUUUAUUCAUUUAAAGUGUUAGCAAACAUUUACUUCUCAAAAGAUAUAAUAGAUAUUGAUCAAGGUGGCAGGAGAGUGUUUGAGCUUGUAAGGAAAAUUAUGGGGUUGUUUACAACUCUAAAUAUAUCGGAUUUGUAUCCUAUACUAGGUAGUUUGGAUCUUCAAGGUCUGAGCAGAAAGAGUAACGAGUGUUCGAUUAGAAUUCAAGAAUUAUGGGAGAAUCUUAUCAAAGAACGCAGAGAAGGCCGAAAAGAUGCUGGAGAAGAUGAUGAUUUGAGUAAAGGUAAAGAUUUCCUUGAUGCUUUGCUUGAUGGAGGAUAUUCUGAUGAGCAGAUCCAUAUAAUCUUUCUGUUCUUGCCGUUUGGCAGUGGAAGAAGGAUUUGUGCUGGUAUACCAAUGGUUGGCAAGAUAGUUCCGCUGGCUUUGGCUCAUUUAAUCCACAACUUCGAUUGGUCUCUACCAAAUAACAUGCUUCCUGAUGAGCUAGACAUGGAUGAGAGGUAUGGCAUCACAAUGAUGAAGGAGCAACCUCUUGAGCUUGUACCGAAAUGGAAGAAAUGA